AUGUUUCGGCUCUUUCGGUAACGGUUAGUGUGUUUGAAAUCUUCGGAGGUAUUUCAGGCCUGAAGACCGAACUUACAGAGGAACUGAGGAGAAGAGUGUAACGCGGCAGGUAGAGAGGAGUUUGAUAACGGAAUGACGGUGCUACAGGAACCUGUCCAGGCGGCUGUUUGGCACGCGCUUAACCACUAUGCCUACCUGGACGCCGUGUUUCUGGCAGAGAGACUCUACGCUGAAGUGCAUUCAGAAGAGGCGCUCUUCCUGUUAGCCACAUGCUACUACCGCUCGGGAAAGGCCUACAAAGCCUACCGGCUCCUGAAGGGGCACAGCUGCACCACGCCGCAGUGCAAAUACCUCCUGGCCAAGUGCUGCGUGGACCUGAGCAAGCUGGCAGAGGGGGAACAGAUCCUCACGGGGGGCGUCCUGAACAAGCAGAAGAGCCAGGACGACAUCGUCAGCGAGUUUGGCGACUCUGCCUGCUUCACACUGGCGCUGCUGGGGCAGAUCUACUGCAAAACCGAUCGUUUGGCCAAAGGGUCUGAGUGUUACCAAAAGAGCCUGAGUUUGAACCCGUUCCUCUGGUCUCCUUUCGAGUCCCUCUGUCAGAUCGGCGAGAAGCCCGACCCGGAGCAGACCUUCCGGCUGACGUCCCUGCAGAACUUCAGCGGCAGCGUGGGCCCCCAGACGGGAGGCCCCCUCCACACCCCCAGCCACGCCCCCCACAGACAGACGGACACCGUCCUCAUGGAGACCCCGCAGGACACUUUAGAGUUGAAUAGACUCAACCUAGAAUCUUCUAAUUCCAAGUACUCCUCUCUGAAUUCGGAUUCCUCGGUGUCCUACAUCGACUCCUCCGUAAUCUCCCCCGACUCCGUGUCCCUCGGGACGGGGGGCUGCCUGCAGUCCAAGCAGCCGCAGAACAAGCCAAAAAGCGGGCGCAGUCUGCUGGGGGGGCCGGCCGCCCUCAGCCCCCUCACCCCGAGUUUUGGGGUCCUGCCGCUGGAUCCCAGUCCAGGGGACACGUCGUACCUGCAGAACUUCACAAACAGCGGGUCGGUGAUGGACCCGCCCCCUCCCGGGAUCCCACCAAAAAAGUCUGUAGCCCGAAUCAGCCAAACUGGAACGAAGUCAGUGUUUACACAGAGCGGGAACAGCAGGGAGGUCGUACCCAUACCUUUCAACCAGUCCCAGACCACUGCCCCCCAAACCAGCACGACGCCGCAGGUGCUGAGUCCCACCAUCGCGGCUCCUCCCAACGUGCAGCCGCGGCGGAGUUCCAGACUGUUCACCAGCGCCAGCUCUACCGCCAAGGAGAACAGCAAGAAGCUGAAAAUGAAGUUUCCCACCAAAAUCCCCAACCGGAAGACCAAGACCAAGACCAGCAAAGGGGGGAUCACGCCGGCCAACAUGAACGAGACCUUUGAGAUCCUGAAGCUGGACUCGUCCCUGUCGGAGGGGAAGGGCUCCCUGGCCACGCCUCAGUACCAGGCCUUCUCCCUGCAGAAGGCUGCGGCAGAUGGGCUGAUGAGCCUGAUGCGAGACAUUGGGAAGGGAUACCUCGCUCUCUGCUCCUACAACUGCAAAGAGGCCAUCGCCAUCCUGAGCCAGCUGCCCUCGCAUCACUACAACACGGGCUGGGUGCUGGUGCAGAUCGGCCGGGCACACUUUGAGCUGGCCGAGUACACACAGGCGGAGCGGAUAUUCUCGGAGGUGCGGCGCAUCGAGAGCUACAGGGUGGAGGGGAUGGAGAUCUACUCCACCUCGCUGUGGCACCUGCAGAAGGACGUGGCUCUGUCCGCCCUGUCCAAAGACCUCACCGACAUGGACAAGAACUCGCCGGAGGCUCGGUGCGUGGCGGGAAACUGCUUCAGCCUGCAGCGGGAGCACGACAUCGCCAUCAAGUUCUUCCAGAGGGCCAUCCAGGUGGACCCCGGCUUCGCCUACGCCUACACGCUGCUGGGCCACGAGUUCGUGCUGACCGAGGAGCUGGAGAAGGCGCUGGCCUGCUUCCGCAACGCCAUCCGCGUCAGCACCCGCCACUACAACGCAUGGUACGGUCUGGGGAUGAUCUACUUCAAACAGGAGAAGUUCAACCUGGCAGAAAUCCACUUCAAAAAGGCCCUCAGCAUCAACCCACAGAGCUCCGUGCUGCUCUGCCACAUCGGCGUGGUGCAGCACGCACUUAAGAAGUCUGACCACGCGUUGGAGACCUUGAACAAAGCCAUCGACAUCGACCCCAAGAACCCGCUAUGCAAGUUCCACAGGGCCUCCAUCCUCUUUGCCAACGAGAAGUACAAGGCGGCCCUGCGAGAACUGGAAGAGCUGAAACAGAUCGUGCCCAAAGAGUCGCUCGUUUACUUCUUAAUAGGAAAGGUUUAUAAGAAGCUGGGCCAGACGCACUUAGCCCUGAUGAACUUCUCCUGGGCCAUGGACCUGGAUCCCAAAGGGGUGAACAAUCAGAUUAAAGAGGCCAUAGACAAGCGAUACCUCCCCGACGACGAGGAGACGGUCACUCCGGACGACUUGCCUUACGAUUCAGCGGAGGUGGAGGAGUCGCAGGAGAGCAGCAUGACGGACGCAGACGACACGCAGCUGCACACGGCCGAGAGCGACGAGGUCUUCUUACUGUAAAACGCGUCUGCCCGGCGUCGGACACCGGGACAAACGAGGAAAAACAAACUGCUGCUAAUUACAGUACCUCCAGACUUCUCUCAUGACCAUUGGCCAUUUUUUCUUAUUCUUUUUUUUUGUUCUUGGUUUUUUUUUUUUUUUGUUCCACUGUGCCUCAGUGACUACUGAGCUCCUCUGGUUCUCUCUUCACCCACCCCUUAACGUGUGUGCCAGUGGAUGGAGAGCCCCCCCAAGCCCCUUCACAGCUCUCUGGACUGCAGUCUUUUCAGUGCCCGGACUCUAGAGGGAACACCGGCUGCCAUUUUACGCAAGCAGAUUUUGUUCCCUCAAGUUUUAAAACGCUGCACUUGUAUAGCGAAAGCCAUUUAAGGUCUAAGUAUUUGUUUGGUCUCUUUUUUUUUUUUCCUUUUCUUUUUUUUGUGUGUAGGAACCCAGAACUUUUAUGAUUGCCCUUUGUUGACAGGUCCUUAUGGUAAUGUGAAUCUUAUAAGGAAAAGAAACAGACUUUCAAGCACAUUUUCUCCCACUUCAAAUGCAUAUGCCAGUGUAAGACAACUGUUGACAAGUUGCCAUCUGGGGAUGGGGAUGCUCCAAGAGAUUAAUAGAUGGAAAGUGAACUGGAGUGACUCCUAAAUCUCCCUGGCUUCAAGUCCAGCGAGCCUGGCCCUGUCUCGGUUAUAAAAAUGAAUAAAAUGCAGUAUUUAACUAUUGUUUUGGAAGUGCCCUUCUUGAAGCUAAAAAGACCUGUGAUGACUAAGCAGUUGUGUGCACUGUUCAUUUAAGAUGAGAUGUUUCAACUGAUGAGUUUUAAGGCUGUUGGUUUGACUUAUCGAAUAAUGUUUUGUUUUUAUUACCAUUACUCUGUAAUCAAUGAACUUAUAAAGAUAUGAGCCAUC